UGGAGUAAAAUGGAAAAUCUGAAGAUGAAAACAGAUGCAUGUUGCAUCCCCUUGGUUCCAUCAUUGUGUGCGCUCAUGCGCCGUCCCUCGCAGUAUCCCCCUGUGGCGCGCGGCCCCCGCCAAGCCUCCGCCGUUUAAAUGGGCCAAGUUGAGAAGCGGCGCAGAGUGCAAAUCUUGUUUGGUCUGGGUCUGUGAACUUCAGCGUGACUGCAGCAACACACACGGGUUCAAACCCAACAACUCCUUCCAAACGCCAUCAAUAUUACCGGAAUAUGACGACCCAUAGAGUCAGAUUUUGUCGUUUUUUAACAUAAAAUCAAGUUUUCCAGCUCAAUUUUCCUUUUAUUGUAAGACUUUUUCUAGAAUAUUUUGAUUUUUGCUUUUGUUUAAAAAAAUAAUACAUUUUUAUGAAUAUUCUAUAAUAAUCAAAUGAGACGGGAAGUGAUGCUCCGACCAGCGGUGAGCGCAAAAAGUAACCCUCUGUAAGUGGCUGAGGGCUUGCAGCAUGUCAGGUAUUAACAGAGCGAGAGAGAUUAAAUGUGGGAGGUAGGAGCUGUGAGGCUGUCGGAGAGCGCUGCCGCCGCCGCGAGCUGGAAACUACUGAAUGGGAAUCUAUCCGGCAACCUCGCCACACCGCUGUCUGACGGCGACGCGGAGAUUGUGUCUGAAGCGGAGAGGCGCGUCUCGGAGUCCGGCUCAGCCCUGCGCACGCACCAAGGGGACGGUCAAGUUGGAUCGAGGAAGCAGCUUUUCACUUGUUACCGGCGCGCGCUUCCCACUAACAUGCCUGCCAUCAAGAAGGAGCGUCUGGAUGGAGACGACAUGGCAUUGACCGCCUUCAACCAGUCCGAAUACCUGGCCCCUUUAAAUGCCACCGCCAUCCCCGUGGUGACCCCGCAUCCGCCGCCCUACGAGCACAUCUUCACCCAUCACCGCGCGUACUUGGGGCUUCACGACUCGGCGCUGCAUCACCAGCACCUCCACCAUCACACGGACGACUUAAUGCUGGAGAGGUUCUCCUCCAUCCCCGACUUUCAGCCUUUUUUCGACAACGGGGAGCCGUGCAUCGAGGUGGAGUGUGGCGAAAAUAAAGCUCUGCUUUAUAUCAAUAAACUGUGCCAAGGUAGUAAGGGACCCUCAAUUAAAUACAGGGGCGAGUGGCUCACUCCCAACGAGUUCCAGUUUGUUAGCGGGCGCGAGACUGCCAAAGAUUGGAAAAGGAGUAUUCGACACAAAGGAAAAAGUCUCAAGACUCUCAUGUCCAAAGGAAUCUUGCAGGUGCAUCCUCCCAUCUGUGAUUGCCCCGGUUGUCGAAUUUCAUCUCCGGUGAACCGUGGGCGCUUGGCAGAGAAGCGCACCAUCCCUCUUCCUCCCAACCGGGUGCCCAAGAAGGAGCUGGCCUCCAUCUUCAGCAGUGACGACAGCGAAGGCAGCGAGCGGGCCAGUGGAGACCAUGCCCACAUCAAGCAGGAGGACGACUUGCAUUACAGUAUCAUGAGAAAAGGUCGUGACAGUGACCUGUCUUCAAUCAUCUCCAGCCUUCACCACAGCAGACAGCCCGGCAUGCCCGAGGGUCAGUCAGCUUCGGACCACAGCACCAGUACAUCACGCACAGAUGACCUUCUAGGCAAAAGGAGGAGUUUCUCUCCAAACACCAGCAGCGAGUGUCCCACUGACAGCAAGAAACCACGCAGUGCAUCUCCAAAAGAAAACUCCGAGAGCCCGGUGGGGGAGGCAGGUGGGACGCACAGCCACAUGAGCCCUGAGGAGCAUUACAGGCGGAUGAUGUCUGCGCUCAGCGAGCCUGGGUCCUACGAGGAGCAGCAGCAGCGCCUCUACCAGUUGGCGAGCAGCAUGGGUCUGCAUGGCCACGACAUGCUGCGAGCUCGUCAGGAGGCUCUGGCUGCUGCAGUGAGGAAUCCAGCAGCUUUAGAAGCUCACCUGCCCUCAGCAGGCAGCUCUUCAUCAUCCAGCCAGAGACGCAAGCAAGGUCUCCCGCAGCACCGCGACGCACAUUUCACAGACAGAGAACUGUCGCAUCCCCCACCCCUCCUGUCACCUCCAACUGCUCCCCACAUCGCCUUAGGACCUCACCUGCGGCCUCCGUUCCUGGCCAUGCCGUCUGCGCUUUGCCAGGCCCCUGGUUAUGGUUUCCUCCAACCGGCACAAGCGGAGAUCUUUGCUCGGCAACAGGAGCUUUUGAGGAAACAGAAUCUGGCAAGACUGGAGAUGUCUGCUGAGCUGCUGAGACAGAAGGAGUUGGAAAGUCUUCACCAGCGGCAGCAGCAGCGUCUGCUGAGCUCCGACCAUUUAGGAGCUCUACCUCCUGGACUUCCUCCCGACAACCCAGCCCUACGGAGUCUCCACGACAUCCCAGAAGGACACCCGCUUCGCGAGGAGCUGGUCCGCCGCUCAAAUGCGAUGCUGGUUCUUCGGCAUGGAGCUGCCACGCCCCUUUUGGCCCUCAGUCAGCAGCAGCUGCAACAACAACAAGCGGCGUCCUCCACACCCAAAGAAACUCAGAGUGAUAGAGAUAUGCAGAGCUCCUCAUCAGGGCACAAUAGUGAAUCCAGAAAGUCGGCCCGCAGAGACUUACAGACGAACCUCUGCGCUGGAGAUCACAGAGGACGGGAGAGCAGAGAAAGAGACAAGGAAACAGAGGUGCACAAUGAGGAUAUGAACGAUUCUGACAGCGAAACAGACAUGUGCGAGGACAGGCGAGAGGCCCACGGUGCCAAUCCCUGCUUGCCCAGCAAACCGAGAGACAGGGAGAGAAACAGGGGCAAAGAGAAUGCCAACAAGGUAGCAUGCAGCAGUGCCAAGGAGACAGGAGAGAGCUCAGACCGGCUGAGCGCUCCUUGCAGCUCAGCGGGUAGAGAAUCGCCCAGCCGCCACAUUUUUGCCUCCGGACUGGGCAAGGCCGAUCUAAAGUACCACCUGCCUCCAGGGUUCAUGCCACCGCUUCAUGCUCUGCAGGCCCAGACUCUGCCCUUUGGAUUCCCGUAUGCCAGUCCCUACUUUCACACAGGCUCUUUGGGGGGUCUUUUCAUGGAUGGCGAAGACUCAGCCACAGCCAACCCCGCAGAGGAUAUCAGCAAGUGGAGCGUGGAGGAUGUGUGUGGGUUCAUAAGCAGCCUGGCUGGAUGUGCUGAAUAUGCACAGGUGUUUCGGGAGCAGGCCAUUGAUGGAGAGACACUGCCGCUGCUCACUGAGGAGCACCUGCUCAACACAAUGGGACUAAAGCUGGGGCCUGCACUCAAGAUCCGCUCACAGGUGGCCCGUCGCGUUGGAAGGCUUUUCUACAUGGCAGGAUUCCCGUUUGCGUUCCCGUUUCCUCCUCCUGCUACGCUGCGCCCCCUAGACAGAGAUCGGGAGCCCGUGACCGCAUCAUCCGACACCCCCGUGCCCCUCCCUCUUACCCUGCCACACCGACCCACAUCCUCUAGCAGCAGCUCAUCUCCGUACAGUGGCCCCACGCCAGGGUGCUCCUCCCCCAAGGAAGAAAACGGCACUGCUUCAGCAGUGGUGGGAAGAUUUGAGGCCAAAACUCCCUCGUAGGGAAGGUCUGAGAGAGGAGGACCUCUGACUAACCCGGGAAUGGAGGAGUAAUUUAAUUCAGACCGACUUCCCAGGUCCCGUGUGCCCCUCCUUCCUUUGCUCAAACCCUUCAACCUAUAAACUCAUGGGAAAAUCUUAAGACUGCAAUGAGGAACUAUAGGACAGCCUCUGCAGUGGCUGGAGCUGAACAGAAUCCAAAGAAACUGGGCUGGAAGGGAAACUUGAAGUGACAAAGGAACAGAGGGAGCAGGAGGAAAAUGAGACAGCUGGUCGCAGACAGCCUGCCAAAAGAAACGAGCGGAGCCCUGCCACAAAUGGACAUUCUUGUAAGUCAGACAGACGCCUAGCGGAAACCCUUCCUUCCUUCCUGGGCAGGAGGAAGUUCUUCAUAGUUGAUCUGUGACUGCAACUCGCUGCAGACCCCGGGAAUGAAAAAAAGCCUCACAUCUUUCCCUCUCCCCCCUCCUUCUCCUGCUCUUUGGGAUUUCUGAAGGCCAAACACCAGCGUGGCACUAUCUUUCCAGAGAUGAAACUACAUGCUGAGCGGCACUCCAUCUGACCAGCUCCCUCCUAUAUCGCUGCAACUAUGCAUUCCACUGUCCUGAUACCAAAGAUGAGCGGAUGUGUGGAAUUGGAACCGUGUUUUACAAUGUUUUUGCAUUACGGAUCUGUUCUCAGAGGAAGCCUGCUCCAACGGGGGCCACUAUGGGGCCCUGUGGACUCUUUUUGACAUGUAGAGCUUUCACUUUCUGAUACAGAAAAGGUUAAAAAACUAUCAGAAACAAAGAAGUACUUACAGGUUAUGCGGCUUGCCAUUGUACAUUUGUGUUGACUACUGUGGGAGGUAGGAAAAACAUGCAAAAUUGUACAGAAUUGCGCUUAAGAUGAAAAUAUUCUGAUGGUUACAUAUGUGGUACUUUCACCUUUUGUUAAAUGUUGUUGCACGAAUAAGGGUUUUCUCACUGAAAAUGUGACUUGCUGAACUUUGGUGGUACUUUUGUUCAUAUUUUUUUAAAGUGUAAUAAAAAAGACCAGACCUUCUAGUCUCAAACGCUACUCCAGCAUAUAAAUAUGAUGACAAAAAUAUUUAUAGGACUUCUAAUGUAGUAAAGCAGAUAAUGUAUUGAAUUUAGCCCUUAAGACGGAUUCCAAAGAUACUUUUUUUCCUCUUGGUUGCAGGGAUAAGAAGAGGCACAAAGCUCUUAAUGCAAAUGUUUUGAAUUUAAGCAAUUACAAAUGGUCCCUAGAUUCCUCUUCAAAUGUUUUGUCUUUAUCCUAUUUUUCUAUUCACCAUGCAGGUGAAAUAAAUCCUAAAGAAAUUCA